AGGUCUGUCAGGUACAUCCGGAUACAUCCCUGGGUUAGGUCUGUCAGUCUGCACUGCAGGCUGCAGUCAAAAACAAACAAAGCCCGACCCCUGGCGGUGAGGCGGAAUAAUGAACGUGUCCAUAAGGGCGGGGCCAAACAGCAGGCGCGACCAAAUCCUGCAUUGUGAUUGGAUGGUGUGACCACAGUGUUGACAUCUGAGUUGUCAGAGGGAGACGGAGCAUUCUAGCACGACCUGAUAACAUUGUAAGAACAAAUACAAUUUGUAACGACCCAUAUGUUUUUACCUUUUUUCGUGUACUUAAGUUAAGCAAGAAUGACAUGUGACUGAAAGUUGAGACUUUUUCAGUUUUUGCUUCGUUUGACACACUGAGUGGAUCUUCACAAGUAGUCUAUUUGUACUUCCUUAGCCGACUGACAUGGCGAGAAACCUCGUCUCCAAGUUGUUUCGUACAUCUUUAAUCACACAAAGUGCGUCUCUCCGGUCGGGCUGCGUGUCUCGCAGAGAGGCUGCGGCGGGGAUCAGAUAUUUCUCCAGUGAUCCUCCUAAGAAGGAAGAGAAAAUCAGUCGCUAUUCCAUUCCUAACAAGAAAGAUCUUCCUUAUGAUAUGGUGGAGCUUAUGGAUGAAGUUGAGUCAAAAAGUGGAUUUCUGCCUAACGUCUUCAAAGUCCUCUCUCACAGACCAGCAGAGUUCAGAGCCUUCUUCGCUUAUUACAAUGAACUCAUGAACAAAGAGACAGGCAGAUUAACCAAGGCAGAUCGAGAGCUGAUCGUAGUGGCUACAAGUAUCCACAACAAAUGUCUCUACUGUGUGGUGUCCCACAGUGCACUACACCGUAUCUACUCAAAGAACCCCACUCUUUCUGAUCAGGUUGUUGUUAACUAUGAGAAUGCAGACCUGUCUCCCCGGGAUCGUGCAAUGCUGGACUUUGCGAUGGCUGUGUGUCGCUGCGACACCAUCACAGAUCAGCAUUUCAAAUCUUUGGAGGAGGUGGGCUUUGACCGCGAGGAUGCCUGGGACAUUGCUGCCAUUGCUGCUUUCUUUGCCUUGUCCAACCGGCUCGCACAUCUCACAGACAUGAGGCCAAAUUUAGAGUUUCACAAUAUGGGCAGAGUACCACGGGAUAAGAGCAAGGACAGCGGACAGGGGAAAAAGGAGUAAUUUUUCAGUAUAAUAUCAGUCAUCAGAGGUCACAUGUGUAGAUCCUGUUCUUUUUAGGUCUAUACCAGAUGUUUUCUGAUUCAUCUCUAAAUGAAUGCAAUAUCAGAUACUGUGGAAUGAGAGAAACAAUCUAACACUGGAAUUAUUUAGUGUGCCCUGUGAUCAAAGUGAGGGUCAAUGCAGAAGAUAGCAUCCAUGAUUGUAUUUAUAAAUGAGAUUUUCUGUGCAAUUUAAGCAAUCCAGUUUUCACAUAGACCCUUAAAGUGACAUUUUUGAAAAGUUCCUACAGUUGCCCUCAUGAUCCUGUGUAAAUAACUCACCACAUUUUCAUUUCAGAUGUUAGAUAUGCAUGACAUAAAGUUACAGUUUAUUGUGAGGAUAGACAGCUUCAUUUUUAGAUUAAUCUACACAGUUAACCAUUUCCUCUAACUGAAUCCUGUCUGCUUUUUUAUGUUAACGUUUUACAUUUUGGGUGGUUACUGUGUUCCUUCAAAAGGAAUGCUGUUUUCUGACAGAACUAGGGUACAGGAUGAGCAUAACAGCAGCACAUCAAAAAUGCUGGUACGAAGAACACUAUGAGAUUUACAGACACAAUUAAAAAGCUACCUUAACUUCAGUGAGUUGGACUUUUUGCUUCAGAAUUUUUAAAAAAUAGUCUCCUGAAACUCUUACGCUUGUUUGCUGGUUGAAAAUGCUUUUGUUAUGUUCUGUUUUGUUGUGCACUUUCUCUGCCUGUGAGAGUAAAUGGCAUUUUUUCACAGGAUGAUCACUUGUGUUUGAAAGUUUUGGAAUAAUAUCAGCCUCUCUAAGUUUUCUUGUACUGCUAUGUAUACACAUUAUUUCCUGCUAAUAAAUGAGACAUGACACUUUA